CUGCAGACUGGGAAGCAGGGACAGACUAAAGCCUGGAGGGGUGGUGGGUGAGGGCUGGUGUGGGAGGUGCACAGAGCCGAGGGGUUGACAGUAACGCCCCUCCUUUUGGAAAUGAAGCUGAUAUAAACCCGAGCCACCCGUGCGCUCUGCAAACCAGACAAAGCAAAGCAAAGCCAGACAAUGCUCGGCCCCUUUCUGCUGACCCUCGCCUCCUCCCUCCUCCUGCAGGUCCGGGGGCAAUCGUCGCCCAGCUUCUCCCGCAGCCUGAGGAGGGACGGCCGCUGCAUUUACUCCUUCAGCGUGGCCGGGCCGCCCGAGGACGCUUGCUCGGAGCCCGGGGAGGCGCUGGAGGCGGUGAGGGAGCUGCGGAGUGACCGGGAGAGCCAGCGGCGAGAGCUGGCCGAGCUCGGCGACCGCCUGCGCCUCCUGGAGGGCUGGGUGGCCCGCUCCCUGGGCCAGCACCAGCACCAGCACCAGGAGCAGGAGCAGGAGCAGGACCGGGGGAACAGCCUGCACUUACUGCGGAGGCUGCAGGAGCUGGAGCAGGAGAACAAGCAGCUCCGAGCCGCUCAGUGCCCGCACUCUGGCCGGGGCUCACAGCAAGGUCGGGGUAGAGAGAAUCUGUCCAGCCUACCCUCUCGCCAGGGAACGCAGCCUGAUGUACGUGUGUCCAACUGGAGCUUCGAAAAUCGUGGGUUCCAAGAGUUGAAGUCGGAGAUCACGGAGGUCCCAGCCUCCAGGUUAAUACAGGGGAGCGAUCCCAGUGGCCGGGACACAGCGCCGCACAGUUCAGCAGGUUGUGGAAUGCUAGAAUGGGUAGGAGAUCCAGUUACAUUCCAAAAAGCUGACACCAUCUUGGGCAAGUAUGGAGUUUGGAUGAAAGAUCCUGAGCCUAUGCCACUUCACACCAGGGAAACUAUCUGGAGAAUGAACGCAGUUGGCACAGACGUUCGGUUGCUAUACGAAUACCGUGACCUGGAUCAAUUCAUGAAGGGCCACCCCAGCAAAGUUUACAUGUUACCAGAACCAGUGGAAAGCACAGGAAGUGUGAUUUACAGGGGCUGCUUGUACUACCAGCAACGCAAAUCAAGGACCUUACUGAGAUAUGAAAUGAAAACUGAGACCAUUUUAGUUCAAAGGGAUUUACCAAAUGCAGGUUUUCAAGGAAUGUACCCAUACUCCUGGGGUGGCUACACAGACAUCGAUUUUGCUGUAGAUGAGAUGGGGCUUUGGGUAACCUAUAGUACCAACCAGGCUCAAGGAGCCAUUGUAAUUUCCAAAUUGAAUCCAAAAACCCUGCAAACCGAACAAACGUGGACAACAACUAUACGCAGAAGAUCAGUUGCUAAUUCUUUCAUGAUCUGUGGAAUUCUCUACACUCUAAACAGUUAUUCCAAUCGCCAUGCCAUAAUCAAUUUUGCCUACAACACUAACACAAACAGCAGCAAAGUGAUGAAUAUCCCAUUUGAGAACCGCUAUCGAUACAACUGCAUGACUGAUUACAACCCAGCAGAAAAGAAAAUCCUAGCAUGGGACAAUUUCAACAUGGUCAUGUACGACAUUAGGCUUUCCAAAUUAUGAAGACCCUCAAGAGUAUCUUUGCAGAGGGAACUAAUAACUUUUUAACAAGUGUAUGUAUAAAUAAUGGCUAGUUACAACACAAGCAAUUUGAGCAUUAAUCUAGAGCACAGAAGACAAACUUGUGAACCAUAUAUUAAACGAUAAAAGUUUGAACAUCUGUGAUCAGAUUAUGCUAGAUUUGAUUAAUUCUUGGAAAUCUAUAAAGUGAUUGUUUGAUUAUGCAUAAAUAAAACACUCAUUCUUGACUAGAGUCUCACUGCAAACCAACCUGAGUAUAUAACAAACUGAGAACAGGAUAUUUGUUUAAAAUGCAGCUCAAUUGCAUCACUGUUAAAACUUGAGUAGGGAAAGAUCUGAAAGAAUCAAUACUUGCUAAGAAAACUCAGUCCAAUCAAGUUGUUUAAUUUCUUUGUGAAAGCAUGUAUGAAAUUGAAGACUUGACUUCUCAAAAUGAAAAAAAAAGUGUUUUUUGAAGUUAACAUCUUUUAUAAUCUUGUUUUAGCCAUCUCCAGAGCAAAAAGAAUUAAACUUAAUAAACAAUAUUCCCAAAGCAUUAUAAUAAACAAUAUUUUUCAAAAAAUUAAACCUGUAGUAUUUUGAAAAGAUACAAGGAAAACCAAGGUAAGUAGGUGUAUUGAGACAGAAAAUUAAGAUGCAUUUACAUUACGGUGUUUCAAGCUGGACUGGGUAUUCUUGGAUUGAGCUAGGAAUUAAUUUAAUUGCCAAAGGAAAGACACAUGUAUAAAGUUUUAAAAGGCUGUAUUUGUGUACCAAAUGCAUCAUCAUUUUCCAAGGACCAGCACUGGAUUUUCUAUUUACCUUUAUAAAAUUUAAAAAAUAAAGUUGGUAUAAACUUUUACACAUGUUCCUUUUCUUUUACAAGUGACAUUAAUCAGCAUUGUUUAUGGAUGCCUCAAACUUUGAGCAUUAUGGAUGAAAAUGAAUUGAGUUUCAAUAUAAACUGUCAGAAUUAGAAAACCUUACAUUAAUCUACAUUAAUCUCAAAUGCAUCUUGAUUAGACUGCACUUAAGAGUCUGAGCACCAUAUUAUAGAAACGUUGAGGCAGAGAGAUGAUUGCAAGGAAAUCAAAAAUGCAUGGGCAUACAUAAUUGGGAAAGAAUGGACAGGUUCGGUUUCUCCUGAAAAUACUAGUGAGUAAUAAAGGUUUUCAAAUAAAAGAUUUUAAUGGAGUGGAUAGAGCGAGAGAAUCUCUCUUGUGGGAAAGGACAUAGUUAGAAGCCAUCAAUAUUUAUAUAUGACCAAGGAGUACAAAAGGCAGUUCAGAGGUAACAGUGGGUGGGUAUGUGGAACUGAUUGCUCUCGAGGGUUGAGGUGACUAGUUGAUGUAUUUUAAGGGGAAGCCAGAUGAGUAUCUGAGCCUCCAGUGAAGAAUAAACACCAACACGGGCAGUUGGGCCAAAUGACCUGUUAUCAUUGCUAUGUAUCCUUUGCUCAGUUGGCUGGACAGCUGACUGGCAAUGCAGAACAACACCAACAGCAGAGGUUUAAUUUCCCUACUGGCUUAGGUUGUCAGGAAAAUCAUGCCUAUGCACCCUUGCCCCUCAAUAAAGGAGUGGGGACUCGAGUCAAAUUCAGCACCAGCUGUCUCUAAUGAGAAAGUGAAUGGUGACUUUACACUUCCCAAGUAAUCUCACAAUACAAACAGUGUGUCACUUUCACCCUCAGAUUCCACAUAUCCAUACUUCAUUUGCUUCUAGGGAAAAGAAAACGCACUGAAAAAGGGUGUAUGGAAAAGUGAACAAGGGAGAAAUGAAGAUGCAAGUCAGUGUUUCGCCAUUCAAAGGCAUGUUUUGAUCAUGUGAAAUACAUUACAC